UUGAGCUCAGGGCAGCAGUCGGCUAGUCAUUCGAUCAGUCAGAUUGCAUCCAGAGAUGGCAGCGUUAAAGCAGGAUCAUCGCUACGGACUCUGCUCUGAAAGAAAGAUCAACAGAACCAGUCCGAAUAAAACACUUUAUCACGUCAAACUCACAGACACCGCAAUCAGGGCACUAGAAGCGUACCAGAACAUCAAGGGUUCCUUACCAAACCAGCCAUGCAUCUGCUUCAGAGGGAGUCGGGGGUACAUUAAGAUCCCAGCUCACUGUCCUGAUUCCCCUGCUGCUCUGCGGGUCUUCUCCUUCUACCUGUCCAGCGACAGUAAGGAUCAGCCCCAGGCCAGUCUGCACUGUGUCCAUCAGCAUGUGUCCAGUUCAGGGCAGGAGGUGCUGGCCGACCAGGGCAGCAUCCAGGAUAAGGUCACGGUGUGCGCUACAGAGGAGUCCUACCAGACGACCAGAGAGAGGUUGUCUCAAGUGGAGAAGGACACCUGGAGCCGUGCAGCCAUCCAGAUCAAACCAGGGGAGACACAAAAAGGUAAAUGUGUAAAGCUCCAAAGGAAGCCGUCCACCGUGUCUGCCCCCGACAGCCUCCAGAAGCAACUGUCUCCCAGCGGCCCCAGGAGGAGCAGUGCCCCGGUUCCUGGGCUGACCAGUGCUGCCCCGAGGCCCCAGCAAACCCCCGGCUGCCCCCUGAGAGAGGCCCCCCUGAAGGAGAGGAUCAUCCACCUACUGGCCCUGAAGUCCUACAGUAAGCCGGAACUCCUCCUCUGGCUGGAUAAGGAGAGAGCCAGUCCCAAGGACAAGGGCGAGCUGGGCUCCGUGCUGGAGGAGGUGGCUAAAUUAAACCCUAAAGACAGCCGCUACCUGCUGAAGGAGGAUUUCUACCGCGUGGUCCAGAGAGACUGGCCAGGCUACAGUGACGAUGAGAGACAGACGAUGAACAGGCUGCUGGCUAGAAAGUUACUGCAGCAUCACAGCAGCCAAUCACAGAGACUCAGCCUUCAGAGCAGCCUUUCAUUCCACAAGCUCUCAAAUGAUUCUCCAGUGGACCCCAACCCAUUCAGAACCAUGCCUCUGAAACGUCCGGUGCUUCCUGACCCCUCUGAUGACCACUCUCAGAAGAGACAGAGACUUCUGGACCAGAGGUUACCACCUACAAAUGCUGGACAGAUGCAUCGGAAAUCAUCCUCGUCUCUCAACUCUGGUUUACACUCACAGACUAGUACCAGUACCCAUGUUCUGCAGAGUCAGGAUGGGUUCCCUCUUUUACACAAACUUAAGAGUCUCUCGAGUCUUCAUGGAUUGGAGCAAGUAGAACCUGACCUGAAACCGUCCAGCCCAGACCCGCCUCGGACAGACUCCGACUCCACUGUUUGUCAGCCACAGCAGAUCACCAAUAGCCAGCAAAGGAAGAAGAAGAACAAGAAGCACAAAGAGAAGGAGAGGGAGAGAGUGAAAGAUUGCCAGACUAGUGAAGAAGAGAGGGAGAGAGUGAAAGACUUCCAAGGAAGUGAGGCGAUGGAUACCUGUCCUGACGUCAAGAACCACUCUGGCAAACUCGCUAAGACGCAUAUGGCAGAUGUGGUUCCCUGCGUGGAGGAGAAGCCUGAUUAUUUACUGAUGUACGGCAGCAUUUGCAGCCCAGAGCAGCGCCAGAGGUACCAGGAGGAGUUCUGUUCAGAGUACGAUGAGUACAGAGACCUCCACGGCAGGAUUGCCUCCAUCACACACAUGUUCAUACAACUGGGAUCCAAGAUGGAGACACUGCCCCCAGGCUCACCGGAGCACAAGGUUAUGCAAGAGCAGAUUCUGGAGAAGUACAAGAGGUAUAGAAAGAAGUUCCCUGGAUAUCGAGAUGAGAAGAAGCGCUGUCAAUAUCUCCAUCACAAACUGGCACACAUCAAACAACUCAUACAGGACUACGAUGACAACCAUACACUGUAGCCUGACGUCUCAUCUCAUAGCCCUGACCUCUCAUAGCCCUGACCUCUCAUCUCAUAGCCCUGACCUCUCAUAGCCCUGACCUCUCAUCUCAUAGCCCUGACCUCUCAUAGCCCUGACCUCUCAUAGCCCUGACCUCUCAUAGCCCUGACCUCUCAUUGCCCUGACCAAUGACCUGUCUUAGCCCUGACCUCUCAUAGCCCUGAUCUCUCAUAGCCCUGACCUCUCAUAGCCCUGACCUCUCAUAGCCCUGACCUCUCAUAGCCCUGACCACUCAUAGCUCUGACCUGUCUUAGCCCUGACCUCUCAUCUCAUAGCUCUGACCUCUCAUCUCAUAGCCCUGACCUCUCAUAGCCCUGACCUCUCAUAGCCCUGACCUCUCAUCUCAUAGCCCUGACCUCUCAUCUCAUAUCCCUGACCUGUCAUAGCCCUGACCUCUCAUCUCAUAUCCCUGACCUGUCAUAGCCCUGACCUCUCAUCUCAUAUCCCUGACCUGUCAUAGCCCAGACGUCGGUGGACCAGAUAUUCUGCUGACGGGCUCCUUGAGCAACAUGAUGAAUAGUCAUGACAAAGGCAUUUUCACUUCAUAGCCCUGUAGCGUUGACCACAGACACUCAGAUCCUCCCAUAGCACUUUGACCACAGACACUCAGAUCCUCCCAUGGCACUGUGACCACAGACACUUAGAUCCUCCCAUAGCACUGUGACCACAGACAAUCAGAUCCUUCCAUAGGACUGUUACCACAGACACUCAGAUCCUCCCAUGGCACUGUGACCACAGACACUUAGAUCCUCCCAUAGCACUGUGAUCACGGACACUCAGAUCCUCCCAUGGCACUGUGACUACAGGCACCCAGAUCCUCCCAUUAAAGCUCUUAUAAAUCUCCAACUGAGAUUUCAGAGGUCCAACCCCACUGCCCCAUUUGGAUGAUGAAGUUCCAACCCCGCUGCCCCUAUUGGACAAUGACAUUCCAACCCUAUUGCAAUUCAUUGACAAAUAAAUGACCAAUGAAAAAAGAUCCCCCUUCUGAACUAAUAGUAUUUUAUGGACCAAAUGUAGCUCACUUGAAUCGUAUUGUACAAGCCAGACAUGAGUGAAUGAUCCUCUGGUGACCGUACCUGUCCACAUUAGUUGAUCAUACACACAAACCCUUGGGCUUGUCACUCCUGUCGGCUGUAGUCCAGGUACACUAAGUCUUUUUGAUCCUCCUGUGUUUCCAUUCUGUGAAUGACUGUUGUAUUUUCUUGAAGGUGCUGAGCUCCUCCUCAGUGUGUGUCGAUUCUCCAGGGGUACCUUGCUCUCUGUCCUCAGCUUGCCCCGCCUGUCAUGGCCCCCGGGGAUUUUAGUGAAAUGUCACUGAAGUGUUUGUGAAUGUUUCGGUAAUACAGGGGCAAUGUUAUGAAAGAGAGAAAAUAUCUCUCAGAAAACAAUGCUGUCUUGUCUGCUUUAGUUAGGACUCACUUUGCCACAGAUCACUUUACACUGCUCUAACUUUUGUAUAUUUGGAAAAGGAUUUAUAUAAAUCAUUGUUUUAGGAAGGGCUGCAGUGAAACUAAUUGACCUGCCAUUUCAACCUAAUCUUACACAAAAAACGCACAAAUUAAUCUGAACACAAAACGCAUUGAACAAUGAGAUUUGUAGUUUCACUGUUGCCUCUACUAACUUUUUUUUUAUAUCCAUCUUGACUUUCAUUGCGAAUUCCACAUUCAAAUUAAUUUGUAGGUAUUCUUCCUGAGACACUGUUGGUCAUUUUGCACUGACUGAAUGUGUGGCCUCACUCAAUGUUGUAGAAGCCUUAAAAACCACAAUCUAACAAACCGCCGACACUACAUUUUAUUGCAGUCUGCUGACACAUUUUCCUGCUCCAUUUGGCUAGUGGAUCUUUCUGCAGCAUCUCAAAACAGGACAAGAUUAUUGAGCACAUUUCAUGUGUUUACCAAAUUGUCACGAAAGUGUGUUUUGUUCAAAGGAUGGUGAAACACUUGAUGGAGCUGCCCCCUGGCACCAUAUUCAUGCCAUUCACACUCCUGGUACUGCCAUGAGUUUGAUUUAGAUAACAUUCACUAUUAUUAUUUUAUAAUGUAUCUUAUGGCUCUGAGGUGAACCUGGUUUUAUGGCAAGGGAUCAGAGAUUUUUACAAAUAUAAGUCUCAUUUAGCGGACACUUAUCCAGAAUGACUUACAGUUUUCAAUGCAUACAUUUAAAACUGUGAUGUUGGACAAGGGGUGAGAAUUAUCAUUCACGGACUGAGGUCAUUUUAACAACAGCUUGUUUGGGUUCAUUUGUUUUGAAAAUUACAUUUGCAUCAACAUCAAUGUUUUGAAAUUACAUUUUACAAAUGUGUCCUUUUUGGCAACUGAUGUUCAAAUGUGAAACAAUAAAAAACAAUGUUUAUAUUUA